UUGCCAGUUGUCGGCUAAAACCAUCGUUUCAGAUGGAUUGAUCGAUCUCAAUUCAUCCACCGCAAUCUUCUUCCAAGUUCCUCCCUCCCUCCCUUAGAUUCUCCGGCAACAAUGUCGACGGCAACGGAUCCGAACGAAGGCACACCGAACUCCAACGUCAACUCCGGCUCUGUGGAUGUGGGCGGUGGCGGCGUCGACCCGGCGCCUUUGCUUAGCGACCAGACCUUCCGCAGCCGGCGAUUCAUGCGGCAUUCUCCGAGCCUCCGAGGAGCGGCUCGGUUCCUCCGGCGAGCCAGCAGUCGUCGGAUGAUGCGUGAGCCGUCGAUGCGGGUGCGCGAGGCGGCGGCAGAGCAGAUCGAGGAAAGGCAGAGUGAUUGGGCCUACU